GGGUGGAUCUUCGACGACAACCUGGAAACACCUAGGUGGGUUUGGGUUUUAAACARCAGUCCCAMUGUGAAACCAAACAUCUACCCGCCGUAUGAUAGCCRAUGGAGACAGGCAGGGGCGAAACGCAUGGAAGACAAGGAAGUAGGCUUCAUAACGAAGCCCAUGAUCGACGAGGAYACAGUAUUGGAYGACAAACARCGUUUGCAGACUAUGGCGGAAUYGCWCAAGCUGGGACAAGAGGCAGAACUGGCCUUCCUGGAAAACAGGAGGGCAAGGGAGGAGGCAGAGAAAGUAGCGGGUGAAGAAAAGGGAAGGGAAGGAGGUGAGGGGGAGGGGAGUAGCAACUCCCCGGACAACGGCAAAAGCACUAAGGAGCAGAGCAAUGAGAGGGAGGAAACCAGGGGGGGGAAGGAAGACGGAGGCCCACAGGCAUCCACGAAGAGGAAACUUCGGGACAGGGAAACAGCGACGUCAACGAGCUCAGGUCAAGAAGCCAAGAGAUCCAACACAGGUGGAGGGGAAGAGGAAGAUCCAGAGUCGCAGGAAAAACAGCAAGGAACGGUUAUGGAGGACGCGCCGACAGAGAAGGGCAAGUCACAGAACGAGCAGAUGGACAUGUCAUCAUCAGCGGCGGCGGAAUCUGCAGUAGCUCCAGCAGCGGCAUCAGCAUCAUCGACCCCUCGAAGGAGGGAGGACACGUCAUCAGGUAGCGGGAGCUCAGCACACAGUCGGCAUAAGGACGGUGGGGGAGAACCAAUGGAAGUUUCAGCAGGAGGCUCACAGGAGGGGGGGAUCAGCGGAUCCGAGGAAGACAUGCAACAGGACACGGAUGAGGAGUUCGAGGAGGUCGCAGAGGGGGAAGAAUGGGAGGACGCAGAAGGGGAAGAGCAGCCAGAAACUUUGGCACAAUGGAUCAGAACAGUCCACAAGCUGAAAUGGGAGCGACAUAUCGAGUGUGAGGUUCGCCUGGCACACCACAAGCACCUGCGCAACCUGAAACAAGCAACCACAACAGGGAAAGAUAUCACUUCAACCAAUAGGUUUGAAUGUUUGAAGAAGGAACAGGAGAUCAAUGAGUUCUACUCUGCGCAAUAUGCUUGGAAGGCACGCCCAGAUAACAAUGAUCUCACUGAGGCCUUGGUGGACGAGGGGGAGGGACGUUGGAUAAAACUCAACUUCUCGUACCAAGAGGAGCAGUUUACCCUAUUCACAGUCCACUGCCCCAACUCACGUCACGACAGAUCAGAAAUGCUUCAGCUGCUCCAGUCACACAUAGAGAUUACAAGACAUAACAUAAUGGUGGGGGAUUGGAACGCCACAUUGGAACCAAGCAAGGACAGAUUGAUGGGAGGCAACUUGGGAUCGGGAGAUGAAACGUUGGGGGACGAGGCAUUGGCAAUUCACGACCUCAUGACUGCUUGGUCCCUAGUGGAUCCGUUUCGAUUACACUGGCCGGACCAGAAACGGUUCACAUACGUCAAAAGGAAUCGCAGUCAACAUAUAUCAGCCUCACGGAUAGAUUUCUUCCUUAUCUCCGAGGGGCUAAUAGGAGCGUUGCAGUCGGUGAGAGUAGGAGAUCUGCCACAAUGCAGCUGCUUAGACCACAAGCCCAUCUCGAUGGACCUGACCCUGAAUAAGUCCUCCCAGAGAGGUAGAAGCUUCUAUAAGGUGAAUAACUCGCUGCUGAAAACAUCGGAGUUGAGGGAGGCUAUCCUAAGGGUGUGUCUGGCUCACGAUAGUGUGACGCAGUCCUUUCCAGAUUUAAUAACGGCCCUAUCAGGGGCUACGGCAGCGGUGUCUAGACAGCUAGCAGCUAGAAGAAAAGCCAUGGAGAAGGAAUUGCGACAGGCUCUUCACAUAGCGGAAAGGAACAUAAUCUGCAAUCCUGGUAUGGAAAUGUACGAAAAGAUCAUGGAAUCAGCAAGAAAAGAACUAGGAGACUGGGAGCGUUGGAAGGCAAGAGGGCUGCAAAUGAGAGCUAGAAUAAAAGAGUGGGAAGAGGGAGAGCGUAUGACGAAGUACUUCUUUCAAAAGAUUAAAGCUAGGGGUAGAAGCACACAGAUUGUGAAACUAGAGGGCCCACAGGGGGAAGUAUCAGACCCAGAGGGAUUGCUGGAGGUAGCCAGCAACUUUUACAACACUCUUUAUAGAUCCAAGGAGGGAGAGCAGGACCCAAGGCUAGUAAAGGAGACCCGUGAUAAGUUCUUAGCAUACUUAGACUGCACGCUUAAGAAGGAUCAAAUACUAAUGUUGGAGGCCCCAUUAUCGCAGGAAGAGCUGAGGGAAGCACUAGACUCUAUGACCCCCAACAAAACACCGGGAAGGGACGGACUAACAAGAGAAUUCUGGCAGGAGUUUUGGAAGAUACUGGGCGGAGAAUACGAGGCCUACCUGAAACAAGCCUGGUUGAGGGAGGGCCUAGGAAUAGAAGCUUCGACGGGAGUAGUCACACUUCUCUACAAGAAAGGGGACCCCAAGGAUAUCAAGAACUACAGGCCGAUCACGCUGUUGACUCUCACCCACAAAAUCAUCACCAAAGCGCUAGCCAAUCGACUGAGGAGGAUAACGGACAGAUGUUUCCACCUCGAUCAGACAGGCUUUGUCCCGGGGACAACGUGAUGACCCUUUCGGAAUCGGUCAGAUAUAUAGCGAAUAAAAUAUUAAACGCGGC